CUUGCAUGCUCAUGCAACCCGCAUUGCUUGGCCCCUUGAAUUUGAGCUGCGGCACAGAUGUUCUUUGAGGAUGUCCAACAGCAAAGCAUUUGAGGACAUGGGGCCCUCGAAACAGCAUGUGUUCGCUGGCUCGAGAUGGCAGCGCCCCGCUGCGCACGCAAGCUGGAGCUAAAAUGGCACACUUUCAGCAGCGAGGCCGUUUAUGACCCGGUUCAAAAGAUGCACUGCGAGGCAGCUGAUUGCAUUGCUGCAUGCUGCCCUUCUGGCAAGAUGCCUUUCCAAGCGAUUGCGCUGCGGAGCUAGAACUUCUGUCUGCAGCUCAAGCUUGAGGCGUAAGGCAGAGUCACUGUGCACCAACACAAACCUCUCCAAAAGGUCCCUGCUUCUCGCAAUUGCAGCCGGCAGUAGGCGCCUCCUUUCACCAGCAGAAGCUGAGCAUAAUUCUCCCACAGACUUUGACAGCAGAGAGGCGCACUCAAUAGAGACGAUGAGCGGGACUGCCACUAAAGCGGAAGAACCGCCAGGUGGUGGCAGUGGGGCGUCGGAGCUGCUGAAAGUCCUGGUCGUGGGAGAUGUCAUGCUGGGGCGGCUCGUCGAUCAGAUCUUUCCAACGCACAAUGAGGAGCCUGAGAACAGGCUCCAUGCUCAGACGCUGUUGACGCGAGAUCCUCAGUCCCUCAACCAGUACCACUCCCUGGGCCCCUACCGCUACGUGUGGGGCGACACUCUGCCGCUGUUCCAUGAUGCUGACCUGCGGCUGGCCAAUCUGGAAACGUCCCUCACUGACCACCCAGAGAAGUGGCCCCGCCAGGCGUUCAACUUCCGGGCCCAUCCAGACAACGUGCGAGCCCUGCAGGAGGCCAGGAUCGACUUCUUGUCCUUGGCCAACAACCACAUCCUGGACUUCAAGGAGGCCGGGAUGCACGAAACGCAGCGCACGCUGGAUGCGGCAGGCAUCCGCUGGGCGGGGGCGGGGGACAACCUCGAAGAUGCGGCCCGCCCUGCCAUGCUUCAGCUCAGUGACAAGCGCGUUGCCUGCUUCUCCCUCUCCGACCACUUCGACUACUGGGCAGCGGGGCCCGACCGCCCGGGCAUCUGGCUCGUCGACCCGGGGCGGCACCGCGGCGCGCCGCUCGACUUCAUUUGUCGGCAGACUGUGCGGGCGCGAGAGGAGGGCGGGGCGGACAUGGUGUUUGUGAGCAUCCACUGGGGCCCCAACUGGGGCUGGAAGCCCAGCCCUGGGAUCCGCCAGCUGGCGCACGACUUGGUGGACACGUGUGGGGUGAAUCUCGUCCACGGAACGUCAGCCCACCACAUCCAGGGGAUCGAACACUACGGCGGCGCAGUAGUUUUGUACGGCUGCGGCGACUUCGUGGACGAUUACGCCGUCGACGAGAGCUUCCGCAGCAACCUCAGCUUCGCGUACGUCCUGCACUGGGAUCCGGACGCUGCCACGUGGCACCACGUGGAGCUGGUGCCCACCAAGAUCAGAAACCUGGGGGUGACCCGUGCCGUGGACGAGGACGACCGGGAGUGGCUCGCCCGGGCGUUGGCCAAGCUGAGCGAAGAGUACGGGACGAGGGUGGAAAAGCAUCCCGAGGGUGAGGGUAGAUUGUUGAUAAACCUAACCGACAAGGCGAGGGCAAGGGCAGCAGGCUCGUGAGCCCUCUUAGAAGGUCGUAGUCCUGUAUCCCUUCAGAGACGCUUGGCUACCUUGGCAAUAUACCGCCUCUUUGUCAGAGUCCAAACAGCUGGUGCGACAACGGAAGGCCGCCGCACGCAAUUGUGCGGCACUGGUGGUGGCCUUGGUUUGGUCAGCGGCACACUUGACAUGAUUUAGUCAAGGUUUUAUAGUAAUAGUCGAGAUCAAUCGAUGGAACGCGGUAAAAUAGUUACAUCAAUCCAAUUUACUGCGAGGAAUCGGAG